CAGCUUUGUGCCAGUGGCAUUUUGGGAUAUGGAGGGUGACGACAAACAACAACAAAGCAUUGUAGAAAAAGAGAAAACAUUUGUUCGCAGGUUACUCGAUAUUAUGGCUCAUUUCAUUGCAAUUUUUUUAGUUCUGUUUAUAAUGUGGCAUGCUGUACCGGGAUCAAGUAAGAUGCACCGGUUUUUGCUUGCUAGAUAUAAUUUUAUUGAUAGAAAUGGGUUGCUAAUCAAUACGACAAGUGGUUUAUAUUGACACGUUCGAUCAUUUAUAGAACAGUAUGGAUACUAUUAUACGUGGCCAUACGUUUAUUAAACUUAAUAAGGCUAAGCCCUAGCUGCCUAAGCAUGUUUUAUAUAAUUUCAUAAACCAUUGUUUGAGAUCGUUCGCUUGGAAAAUUGUUUCGGAUAUUUAUAGACAAAUUUUGCUUUUAUAUUGACACAUAAAGUUGCAAUGCCAGGGUUUUUUUCAGGAUUUUCUCUUGGGUCCGUUUUUGCAGAGAAGAUUGAGUUUAGCUGAACAGUUCGGGUGGCUGCACCCCCCCCCUACCAGGGGGAUAACACUUGUACUUAAUGUGUUAGAGGGGGUGGGGUGGGAUGAGGGGGGGAUGGGAUGAGGGGGGAUGAGGGGGAGGGUGGGAUGCGGGGUGUGCUACAGCCCCCAAUGUCAUAAUAUUGCAGUCCUGGCGGGGCAUUUUAAGGAGAAGCUCGUCGGGCAAAAAAUAUAUAAUUCAGCCAAAAAUUUUACAUAGUUUUUGAAAAGUAAUAAAUUAACAAAAAAUAUUACUGAGAAAUUGUUAGUAAGAAAUUGUUAUCGGCAAGUUAGUGAAAAAUGGGAUGUUCGAAAAUCCCCCUUUGUAAUACCCAAGUUAUGGCCGUGGGGCCAUUCCAUUUAAUAAUAUCCACACCCCCCUGUUGACUAGAUUUCCCGAAGGGGGUAUGAAAUUCUGAAUUUCUGAGGGGGUGCCAAGGCCAAAUAAAAAUAAUAGUUGGUUUCAAGUUUCACAGCCAUGUUUUAUAUGGAUAGGUAGGUUGGAAAAAUAUUAUAUUUUAAAAAAUAUUUUAUCUCGUCUCUCGAGUAUGCAAUAACAGGAUCACCUGCGAGCUACAUGUGUUUCGCGAGAAACAAACACAUCAAGGUGCGUUUUCGUAUUUUUUCAGCUGUAACUGCCGUGUCAGAAUGUAUGUUUUCAAUAUUUUAUUCAACUGUUCUUUGUAUAAAACUAUGAUUAAUAUGACUAAGCAAACAAAAUAAUUUGUAGACAAAUGAGUCUAAUGACUAUUUACAUAUUCUUCUAUUUAUGAAAAGAUGAUCUCUACUGGGAAAUUAUGUGAAUAAAAUGUUAAUGGUCGGUCAUAUUUUUGACAGGUCGGUUGGAAACCUAAAACCAACUAUUAUUUUUACUUGGCCCAAGUUGAAAUUUCUGAGGGGACUUAUAAAAGUAAAAUUUCUGGAGGGGUCAAAAUUUUUUUGUAAUUUUCCAAUGGGUCAAUUUUUUUAUUUUAAAUUUCCGAGGGAGGAGGAGGAAGGUAUAGCUGCUGACAAAAAUUUCCAAGGGGGUGGUCAAUAAAUUCUCGAAAAUUUCUGAGGGGGUCUAUCGUAAUAGAACCACAUCAGAGGGGGUUCUAAAAAUUUUCUAGAGGGGGUUCUAAAAAAUUUUCCAAGGGGGUCUUCUGGAAAACCGUUUCCGAAGGGGUGUAAAAUCAGUAAUGUCGCCAACAGGGGGGUGUGAAUAGUAAAUGAAUGGCCUGUGGUGACUAUAUGCACCCUAUACCUACUUUGUUAUCGUUUGUCUAUAUGGAAGAUUAUUUAACUCGCUAAGGGAAAAUAUAACUGUAUAAGGUACUGAUUGAUAGUUCAGCUACAGCACAUUAAAAAAUAUUUUUAUUUAAUUUCUAUUGUCUCUAGGUCUUUUCUCAUGGCAUCCAACAUUGAUGGUACUUGGUGUACGUAUAAACAUAUGUCUAUUGUUGCAGAUUAUUUUACUAAUCUAGAAAGCAUGUUAAACCAUUGAAAUGAAUAUUUAGUUCAAAAUGAGUUAAACACAACAGUCUGAUUUUAUUUUAUUAUUCAUGCUGAUCACCAGUGAUGGGAAUCACCUAAGCUAUUUUGGAAAUGGUGGGCCAAGCCAUUUUGUUAAUUCAAUGAUGAAGAAAUGUGUAUUUUUUUCCAAAUAAUCACCUAUGAAAUUAUACUAAAACAAUUAUUCACCUAAGGUUCGGUUAUUAUUGGUGAAUAAAAACCUCGACUUCGUCUCUGUUUUUAUUCUCUGAUAAUCACCUCGCCUUUGGCAAAUAAUUUUUAAUUAAUCUGAGGUUCCCUAUUUUACUCUGUGUAUUGCCAGAUGAUUUUACUCAUCAAGGGGACAGUGUUGCCACUUUGCCUGUCAUUUCAUUUUAUUAGUUCUUUACGCACUCAAUCGCUCCCCAAACCCACCUGUUUGCAGGUCACAAAUUCUUUGUGGAAUUCCUUCAGGGAUUCGAUCCUAUGAUAUAGCAUGUGCAAGGCGAGUGGCUUAACCCAUUGACAAGUAAAAUUGUCUGGCAUUAGAUAAAGUAAACUGACAAAUUAGGGUGCUUUGUCACUUAAAGGUACAGAAGACUAGCUUGAAAAUUCAUGAAAUUUACUUGAUACGCUGACAUAACAACAAAAAUAGUUGUGUUGGAUAAAUGGCAUAAUUGGCACAUUAGUUUCUGGUCAUGGACAAAUAACCACUUCCAAAAAAAUAUCAUAUAUUAUAUUCCAACAGUAUGCACUGCAAUAUUUUAAAACAAAAUGUUUUCUUACUGUUCUUAGUUUUGUUUCUUCAUGCUGGAAGCAAUAUUGAUUUUCUCCAGAAGUAGCUCCCUCAUCCCAGCUGUGCCGCGAGCUACAAAGGUGAAAUACCACUGGAUCCUUCAAGUUUUGGCUGCUCUUUGUGCUGUUGGAGGCUUUCUAGCAAUAUUCAUCAACAAAAACCAGCGAAACAAACCGCACUUUGUGUCGUGGCAUGGUUGUCUUGGUGGCAUUGCUGUAUUUAUGGCGUGUUUCCAAGCAUGUAUGGGAACAGGCUUACUCUACCCAACUCUGCCUAUUAUCAACAAACUCAAGUUAUCCAUGAUGAAGAAACUUCAUGCAUUAUCUGGGACACUUAUAUUCAUGUUAAGCUGUCUUAUUGUCUUUCUCGGUUUCUACUCAAAUUGGUUUGUAAAGAAUGUUGGUUUGUACAGUCUUGCAUGGGGCGUGUGUGCUGUAUGUCCUGUUUUCUUUGCUGCUACUGUAAACAACCAAGUUGCUCAGGCAUACUUGUUCAAAAAGUCUUGAUCAUACAAAGCUCUUAUCAAAAACAACAAAAGUGCAUAAUAGUUAAAUUGUUUGCUAAAUUAUUACUUAAUUGUCGUUUGUUUUACUCGUUUCAGUAAUAGAGCUGUGCAGUUAACCGAAACUUUUGGUUGGUCUAGUUCUUUUCUUAGCACCGGAAUUCGGCAUCUACCAUGCACAAAAGAACUGGUAGUUUAAACUAGUUUUGGGUUCCCACAUGUUGCUCUCACGUUUAGUAAAAUUUCCUUAUAACUUAAACUGAGGACAAAUGAAACGAAAUUUUUAAGGAAUUUUAUGUCUUGACAUUUUAUUCCCAUAUUACCAAAAAGCCCGUACUUGGCCUUUGGAAAAGAUGCAAACAAAGACAUUUCUUUUUUGAUAAUUUUAUUUCAGAAUAUUUCUCUAAUCUAUCCUGUAAUCAAUGGAAAUUUUUUUUUCACACUACAAUUUAUAAGUUGAUUAUUUUUUCGAAGUGUAUUACAACUUAUUGAGCAAAUGGUUUGAAUUGGUUUUUUUUUGAAAAUACCGAAACCGAACUGAGGUUAUUACUGUACACAUCCCGAAAUGCCCAAAACUGCAACCAAGAUAAAAAAAGUUCUGAAACUGCUCAGCUCUAAUAAGUAUGUGAUAAUUUCCAGCAAAUACUGAAAUACAUGUACUGUAUAUAGCCUAGAAAAUGUCAAAUUACAUAUAAUCAUCUACAGAGAUAUGGCAUGUUUUAUAUAUUACUGUGAAUAUUAAAUCCUAAUCCUAACAUAAGGAUGAGGAUUUACAGUAAUGGGAUAAACAUGGUUUAGCCUUAGGAUUAGCAGUCGGAUUGGCAUUAUUGUUAACCCAUUGAGCACCAGUGCUCUCCCCUUGACAAGUUAAAUCAUUUGGCAUUAGACACAGUACGUAACAUAAUAAAGUAGGUCGCAAUGAAACUUAAAAUUAAAUUAAAGUUUGAAACAUAAAUUUGCCCCCUGAGCAAGCCAAUUAGACUGAGUGAAUUAGUUCAUUUGAAUGUACAACAUAAUAUUUGUCUUGUAAUGUUUUGGUGGGACAUAGUAAGGGACCGACUUAGUAAAGGGACUUAUGAGCUGUUGUAAACUUAAUUGUCAUUACCAUCAAUCUUUAUAUACGAUUGUUACUGUAAGCAAUUACAAAAAUAAAAAUUUAAUGGUUAAGAUUAGUGAUAACAAUAUAUUAGUAUAAUUACAUAGGUGAUUAUUGAAAAUUCUCCACGCUGAUUGGUUGCCGUUGAGGUGAUUAUUACGCGAUAAUCACCUAAGCGAUUUUCAAAAUGGCGGCCGAAGCCUUUUUGUCAAUUAAAUGAUGAAGAAAUGUGU